GUUUGUUGGUAGACGCUGGCAAGGCGAGAUCGACUAACGCAAGCCAACAAAAAAUCACUGUGUGUGGACGUGUUUUAUUUAUGUUCAUUUUUUAAAGAAAUUUGUGAGAUUAAGUCUCUUGCUGUAAAACAUAAGAUUUGGGGGUAUUCUGUUAGGGAGAUAACGAUUAAGUUGGUAUCGCUGAAGAUAAUGAAGUGUUUCUGUUAUUAAGAACUAGUGCGAUUGGUGUGAUAGUUGAAGAAGAAAAACGAGUGCAUUUGAGAGUCAAAUGUGGUCCAAUAUUAUAAAUCCAGUUGGAUUUUACGUGCCGGAAUUAAUAUUUGAGGAAAGGAGACUAAGAAAAUUGUCUCAUUCUGAGAUUUCUUAGUGAUACCAUUUUAAUUUUUAGUUUCCUUAUGAAAAAACCUAAUAGGUAGCAUGCUUUUGUCUUACCUCGUUGCGUUUCAUCGUGUUUAAUGUCGGAACCACACCUCGAUUUAUUUGAUUUAACUUGAUAAUUUUCCAUUCUAUGUAUUUACUUUUAAGCGUGUAACAUCUGAUGACUUGUAAGUCGCGUACAAUUCGGAUGCAAACGUUCCGUCACUCAUCUGACGCACGUAAACACAAGAAGCGUGUUUAGUUAGUGUUUUGUUAUCGUGUAAGUGCACCAGCUUCACGCUGGAGGGCCCCACAGUCGAAUAUCGUCGCCCAUUGGAGUUCCAGCAUUCACCGCUUGGAAACUCCAUGGCGACAAAUGACUACAACAGUCCGCAGCAACAACUUCAUGACAACGGGCAACAGACACAUGAACACGAGGACAUCAAAGUGUGCUACAGCGCCCCCAAUACUCCCCCUGCACAGUUAACAGAUGGACAAAUCUCCGAAGGAAAGGUGCGAGGCAGGAAGAGGGGUUUGGGAGCCAAGGGGCGAGAUGGGGCCCUCUCCUGGCCGGGCAUUGACCAUGGCAACCCAGAGAUCUUUGGUUCAAAAGCAGACCUGCAGUUACACACACAACUGCACAUGCGUGAGGCGAAGCCAUACAAAUGCUCACAGUGCAGCAAAGCAUUUGCUAACAGUUCGUAUCUGUCUCAGCACACACGUAUACACUUGGGGAUCAAGCCAUACAGAUGUGAGAUUUGCCAACGGAAGUUUACACAACUUUCACACCUGCAGCAGCACAUUCGCACACACACAGGAGACAAGCCAUACAAGUGUCGGCAUCCAGGCUGUAACAAGGCAUUCUCGCAACUCAGUAACCUCCAGAGCCAUUCCAGGUGUCACCAGACUGACAAACCAUUCAAAUGCAACUCCUGCUACAAGUGUUUUUCGGAUGAGCCGUCCCUCCUGGAGCACAUCCCUAAGCAUAAAGAGUCCAAGCACUUGAAGACUCACAUCUGCCAAUACUGUGGUAAGUCCUACACCCAAGAAACUUAUCUGACCAAACACAUGCAGAAACACGCGGAGAGGACCGACAAGAGACCACCGAUUACGGGCAUUGGCCUCAGUAACCGCAAUGUGGCAUCUCUAGGUCCAGGAAACUCAUCAGGGAAUCCCCCUGGUAACCCAGCAACAGAUCCUCACCCCUAUUGGCCUAAAGUUUCACCAGACACUGCAAAUUCAUUGGUGGAGGCCAUGAACCAACAGCAUGAAGCAUGUCUACAAUCGGCAAAUGGUGCCAAUCUGGGAGAGCACCAUCUAGCACAAUCACAGCACCAUCGGAGUCUGCUGGAGCAUCACAACAGGCAGAUGAAUGGUGGCACAAACAGUAGUGGUAGUGGUGGAGGUGACAGUGGCGAAGAUCUUGUCGUCAUCAGGAGCCAACAAGGCACCACACUGCACCAGCAACACUCUUCAGCACCACCAGCUCCACCACCAACACCCACUUCACAAGUGAUCGUGUCUUCAUCGCCAUCGUCUGUCUACGCGGAUUCUUCAAGUAUAGUUGCUGCAACAGCAAACUUGAUCAACUCCUCUACGAUAAAGACAUCUACAACGCCAUCUUCGACAUCAGCAUUCACUCCUAUCCAGUCCAUGGGUGGACUGGCACCAGCACACCACCAUCUCAACCAUCUGAACCACCACCAGCUGGGCAUGGCAUCAUCUGCGUCCCGACCGGCAUACAUCCCAUACGACGCUAUUUCAUUCCCGACGUCUAAAGUCGUGACGUCAUCCUCGGGCCAACUGUCAGGGCUGGGCGGAGGCUCGAUGGACAUGCCCAAGUCAAGUUCUUCAAAUAGUUUCCCAAAUCAGUUGAUCUCCCUCCAUCAGAUCAGGAACUAUGCCCACCAGCCCACAUCAUCGUCGCUCAUGGCAAGCGAACACCUCUUAGGGCUGAAAGAAAAGGGGCAAUAAUGCCACGCCCCCGGUCCUGCUACUUCAGCGAAUAGUGACUAUUACAAUUAUUGUUACAAUGAUAAUUAUCCAAACUAUUGUUGGUCUCAAUAAUGCACUUUGCUGAUAGUGAUGACCCAUUUGUUAACAUGUAUCCAAAAAGGAAAAAAAUAGAGAAGAAUUCUCUAAAUCUGCUCACUGAAGUAAGAAUAUGCUCAAAAGAGAACAACCAGUGAAAGACAGAAAUUGACUGAUUAUAAGUGAAAUUAGAAUUGGAUCAAUAUUUAUCUGUUACGAGAUGAAAAUGUCGUGUUACGUAAUUUCCGUCGUGUCAUAAGAACAAGCGUUAUUUUAUUGUUAGACCUGAUGCUUAUUUCCAUGUCUUGGAGAUGACAAAAUCAAUACAUCGUGUUGGACCCAUAAGAAGGUUACUGUGUAAUCUCAAGUUGGAUACAUGGAACAUUAAGGUUUUUAAUUACAGGCAGAGUAAAUCGUACUUUCUGAUAAAUGCGCCGUUGUAUUCGUAAAGAUAAAAUGUGGAGUCAGAAAGAUUCGAUCAGUAUAACUGUCAGUCAGACAAAAACAGAUUGGAAAGAAUGCUUUGGUUACAAAGAACACCUCAAGUUUCCUACAUCUUGUAAGAGGAUCUACAGUUUCCAACAUCGCGAAACCUGAUUCACGUUCCUAUAGUAACACUAUCAUGACAGACAGCCAGUCAGAAUAAUAUUCCUGGAUUUUAGAUUGUUUUCAUAUUGGUGCUUGAGGACAUUUAGAUUCUUUCCAAAUGCCUCUGUUUAUGUUUGAUGAAUACUUAAUUUAGACAUCCUCUGGUUUCAUGGUUACACGUCUUGACAUGGUUUUUGACUUCUGCUCAAAUGCACCGUUUAGCAAACAAGUAGCUUGUUUGAUGUAUUUAUGAUCUCGCACACAAUGGUAAGUUACCAUGAACAAGACUUUCUGUCAAACUUGUCUCAUUCUGUGGUAAAGAUAAAAUUGUAUAGUACAUUGUCUUUCAAACGUAUGGGUUUGUGGAUUUUUGUAAAAAAAAUAUGUGGCUGCUGCAUUGCUUUUGUUUAUUGUUGUUUAUAUAUACCACUUUCAUUUUUAUCUUUACGUAACAAUUUAAUUACAAGCCACCAGCGAAGUAAAACAGCGUAAAUAUUUUUUUCAUCCGAAGAUGGUUAUAAUUCCUUUGACUUGAGUUAAUGUUUCAUUGAAUUAUGAGCAUUUAUUGUGUGCACAUUAGUGAUCGGCUACAUAUUUCUUCAGAGUUACAACAGAAGACGAAAUUACACAUGAAGCAGAAGAAAAUCAAGACUAAAGAAAAAAAGCAGCGUGUCUACAGAAAUAAUUUAUAUUCUUAAUGUAUGUUUCUUUCAAAUCAUUUGUUCCUCCCCUUGACCAAUUAUCAAAGCAGUUUGAAGAUAAAUAGUGUAAAGAAAUUACUGUCCAGAAAUGCCUUUCAUAAUGGUUUGUGUAGUUUGAAGAUGUCAUCUUUGAAAUCUGCAUCACUACCAUUUUUUGUUUUUCUGUACAAAAUUGUAUGUAAACAUUAUUGGAGGUUAUGUUCCAAAUAAUAUAAUUGUGUUGAUGCUUCUUGGAAGUUGGCAUAGUUCUGUGCUUCUGUUGCUAAUUAAUAUAGUGAUACUAAAGAUAUUACACGAAUAUGUUUGUAGAAUGACAUGAAUGAUCUCUGGGAGAGAGUAAAAUGUGUUGGUUAAAUGAUUCCCUGCAGUGUUUCACGUGUGUUACUAUCCACCAACAUACACUUCUUAUUGUCAGUUAUUUGUAUCACAUAAAUUUUCUAGUUAUCUUGUUAUAUCUUCGUGUUGAUAAUAUUUAACAAAUUAUUUUUUAAAAAAAUACCGUGAAAAUGCCAUCAACUGGUAUAUUAAAUUAUAAAUUUUCUUCCCUUUUAUUGCCUAUAACUUAAUAUCUAUGUUAAAGAAAUUAUGGGCAUGAAAUUUGUAUAGACACAUUAAUCCGUAAAAAUUCACAAUUCAUAUCAAUUAACAUUAAUCUUGUAAUUAAGAGGUUCUGACUGGGUCAUGCACCUGACUUCACUCAACAAAGUAGGGUACCUACUCAUAAGUUGGCAGUACUGUGAACAAAACUAAUUGAAAUAGGCAGUAAACAGGGAGAGGUGCUAAUUCUUAUUAAUACGCAAGCAUAUGCAAGAUGGAACGUUUUGAGCCCUUUUACAUUCUAAUUCUUGAGGUUCCAUUUAGUUUCGUGAAUAUUUGGUUUAUAAUCAAAAUGAAUUUGAUGUAUGGCUCUUACGGCUGUGAAACUAAAUAUGAGUGCCAUCUAUGAUCCGUCGUAUGUACCAUGUGUACAAUGCGAAGGGCGAACGACAUGUAAAAGUCACGUAUGUUUCAUGCAGGUCAGUGAAUGAAGUUAUAGUACAAUUUUUUUAAGACAACAUCAGCGAAUUACACAGACUAUGUAACUGUAAGUAUUUAAGAAUUUUAACAAAAUUCAAAUACAUGCACAUUAAUAGGAAACAAAUCUAACACAGAUUGUUUAGGAUUAGUAAAACAAAAUAAAAUACGAAAGUUUUGUAUGGACAUUAAUAACAAUAUAGAACUAUAAAAUUGGCAAUAUAUGAAAUAUAACGUAUGUGUUUCAUUCAAAUUGGCAGUAACAAUACGAAAUAGAACUAAAUACCAUAACAUAUAUGUGACCAGCAAUCAUUGUUAAGGUUAUAAAUUAAUAUUUUAAAAUUUUUAGAAAAUUAGAAGCUUGUUGGUUAAUUUUUGCAAUUUGUAGAUUUGAAUAUAACAAAUAUUGAGGUUAAUGUGAUGGAUGGUGGCACACCAACAAGAGUACAAAGGGUCAUCACAAAUUAAGUGUACAGUUAUUGUCAUUUUCAUUGAGUGGUUAGCAUUUGUACUUUGUAUUCAGGGGGUUCCAUGUUCAAAUCUUAGCCCAGUGACUGGGUUAUCCUCAGUCCUUGUAGGAAAAUGCUGAAAUGGUACCAUAAAUAAGCCAUGAUCACUUCCUUCCAUAUUCUUUCCACUUUGUUGUUUAUUAAUAAUUGUAUCAUACAGCACAGAAGUCUAAGGUGCUGACAAUGUAAUUAAAUAAACCACAAAUAACAAUACCACCAAUUUAAUUUUUCUUGGAAUUUAUAUUCUCAUUGAUGAAAAUAGUAAGACAAAUUUAUUUUAUUUUAUAGAUGCUCAGUUUGAGCUCUGUUGGGUAUUCUGACGCCAUCCAAGAAACAUUCAAACUCUCUGCGAAUUGUUUGCAGUUAUUCUUGUCCAGUUGAACAGUUGCUCUGUGUAAUUGAAGUUUGAGGUCUUUCGAGUGCAGGUGGUGAGACUUAGACUUAGUCUUUAAUGUAACUCAACAGAAAUUAAGCCAUUAUGAGUUACACCCACUCUGUGGCCAAUCUCUCAUCCAGGAUUUCUUUAUAUCCUGCUACAAGUGCUUAUGUAAUGUCUUAUUAAUCUAAACCACACCCUGUUUUAAGAAACCAAAAUAUUCGUAGUUACUUUUUCAGUAAUAUGGCAUUUAUAAUAUGAUUAGUUUCUUCUAAGUAGGAUUUGAGGUUAAUUUUGAAGAUGGUGGCCUUCUGUGUUGUAUCGCCAUGUAGUCUCGAGAAAGUUUUCCACCGUUUCAGAGGUCCUUGCGGCCUCUAUCGUCUGGGUGAUAAGACCCUGAUCACCCUAAUGAUGGAGACAGCAAGGGCCUCCAAAACUUUGGUAAACUUUUACCAAAGUAAAAGGCAAUAUAAUCCAGGAGACGGCCAUCUUUUCUAAAUAUAUUUGAAAACUGCAACAGUUUCAAUUAGUUUGUGGACUUUUGUAUGAUUUUGUUAAGUGGAUUUAUGCUUAAUUUGUAAUGAUUCUGUAUAUUAAAAUUUGUCCAUUAUGAAGCGUGUGUUUGUGGAUAAAAAGUGAACGGUGUAACGGAAUGCUUCUGCCCAACACUAAUGAUUUUCUAUCCAGUGAUUCGGUUUAUUGGUCGCGCUAAAAUGUUCAAAAUGCAUUAUGGACAUUGUACAAGAAGGAAAGAGUAAACUUCAAACCUUUGAACGCCUGAUAUUAAAAUUACAGAUUGGCAUUAAUUUUGCUGUUUUGUUACUGGAAGAAUAGUCGACAAUUUUCAAUUCAUGAAUUAUUGACACCCACAUGCAGAUAAUAAAAUGUUUUCAGUUCGACUAAGGAAAUAUUAAAUAAGCAAUCAGAAACCAUUAAUUAACUAGGAUUUGGGUUCUGAUAGUGAAUAUGAAGAUUGUAAGGGGGGCUGAGGCCAGUGUUCCAGAAAGCAUCACGAAUUAUAUGUUUCUGUGCAAGAGUUACUUAUCUAAAUGGUUCUGUUUGCAAUUAUUUAUUUCAUUAAAUGGUUACAAAGCAUGAUAUGAUAAAAAUAUUUGUUCCUUUCUGCUGUUAUAUUUUAUUAAAUUCAUAUUUCGUUUGAACAAUUACUUUCAGGCAUGACAGAAAUGGUAUAGUAACCAUUCAUACAUAUCUAUUUAGAAUCUAUUAAUGGAAUUAAUUUCUUCCAAAUUGAUAGGAAUUGCAAUUGGCAUGCCUGGUCAGAUCAGGGGAGAAGUCUCGUAUCGACAUCCGUAACCCGUUGAAUCUUGUCCGAGAACGGAUGAGACCAACCAAAAUUAGACUCUUUGUGGUAUAAUAUCGUAAUCAGUGAACCAACAUUAGAAUUCUGUAGUCGCAUAAGCUCACUUAAAAUGAAUCUCGGUGUUUUAAAAGGAUCACGUGUCGUGUCAUAAAUGUAUGAUUAGUUGCUUGGGUCUGUACGUAAAAUGUUUUUGUUUGCCCUCGAUAGUGUUUGAGAUCUGCCCACUAUAUACGGUUUCUGUGUUCGUAUCUGGCUACUGUUUUAUUUACGAUGAUCAGUUUAAUAUUUGCAGUACUUACCAAAUGUCUAGCAAUAAAAAUGUGUUUUUAACAAGGACAACAAGAUUUUGGAAUAACGCUUCAAUGGCAUUAAAUGUCACAUUGUAAUUCAAGGAAGAUUACCACUAUUUAAUAAAAAUUCUUCAUGUGUGUAUUGUAUCUUUCCAAGUUUAAAAGAAAGGCAAUGCAUAAGUGAUUCUACUUAAAAUUGUAACAGUUUAAUUGAUUUAAUUUUAAUCUUCAAGUAUCUUCUCAUGUAAUAAAGCAGUUAAGUUCUGAUGAAACAAUACAGUAUUUAUUUUCUUCGUGCUGUCACAUAUUUGACUUAAAUUACAUUUUAAUUUAACUUUGGUUUAUGGCAAAGAAGUUACCAGUAUCUUAAACUAUUGUACAUAUUUUGAGAAAUAUUUUAAAGUUUUUAAAUUAUUGUUUUGAAAAUGUGAGAUUUAUAUUUCUUCCAAAAUCUGCUAUAUUUGUUUUUAGACACAUAAUUAGUAGUCUUAUACCUAAUAUUGAAACUAAACCCAUCGUGGAUAAUAAAAUGUACGAUUUUGAAUUUGUUUAGGAAUCAGUAGCCAGAAAUUCUCCUCAAGCAUGAGAUACCCCUGCCAUUUCUUCUAACACACUGCCAGGUUAACGAUUAACGAAACGAUGAUUUAGAUAUCUGGGUUUAUUUGGUCUCAAACUACAGAAUAUUGUAUGAUGUACUAUGAUAAAUAAAAACAAAUGAUAAGCAAUUGAUAUAAGAAUCUCAGUUGGGUAAACCCAUUCAUAACCGUCGAUAGAAAUUAGUAAUGAGCUUAAAUUCAUUCGUGUACAAUUUAUGUAUUCCAGUUUUGUAUGAGUUUUACAAAAUAUGUGAAUUCAAUAUACCGUCCACAUUUUCUGGCAUUCUGCUUGGAAAGCUCAAUUGAAUUUUUAAGUAUCUGAAUUUGGAUGUUAGAUAUCUUAUCACCCUGUUAUGACGUGAAAAUUGAAACAUUUGGGUUUUGGUAUGUUUGAAUAAAAGUUAAUUAUUUAAUUAUUGAAUUAUUGUUUGUUUUUCUUGAAUUGGUAGCUGAAUAAGAAUAGAUCAGUCCAAUGUUAAACUCAUUGUAGUUGCUUCUCAUUUGUUUUAUAGUCUUCCAAUAAAAUUUAUUGUCGUGUUGCAGGAUUAAUUGUUUAUGUUGAAGGUCUACGUACUCGUUUCCUUUACAUCCACGUGAAAUAUGAAAUGGCAAAUCAUGCUUAGGCUUUGUCUGAUAAUGAGAAUUUACUGUAAAUCUUUGUGAGUCGACAUUUUUUUCCAAGUAUAGAUUAACAUGAAAUGGUGUUACUUAAAUAUAAUAUUUCAAAAUGAACUGUUCCAAAAUCUACAUUAUGCACUACAAUAUGGCACAGCAGUCACAGUUUUGCUCACAUUUUUGAAUAUUAUAAGUGUUUAAAUGUAUCUUUGAUCUGUGUAAUUUUGUUUCCAGGAUUCUGUUUCUUGUAGAUCAGAGCUCCGUAUAAUUGUAAACAAUUUUGAAUUACAUCUCUUAAAUUCCCCGUCAGUUUAAUGGCUCCAUUGUUGUUCUGGGUGUGGCAAAUUAGAAUUAGCCUGGCUCUAUCUGUUUUUGAUCUUCUAAAUUGUUCUGUAGUUAGAAGAAACAAAAAUUGCAAUCUUUGUAAUAUUGUUAAGUAGUCUCUCUGGGAAUACCAAAAUUUGUUAAGAUAUUAUUUUAUUUUUUCACAUUUCUGCCAUCUUCCACAUUGUUUCAAAAUUUUAAUGUAAUUGUCUUCUAAUAUUUAAUGAAAGCAAUUGACAAGUAGAAUAUACAUUUUCGUAAUCAUAGUUUCAUUCCCCCAUUUUGUCACUGUUUAUAGAUUAUGUAGAAUGGCAUGGUAUUUUUUAUGAAAAUAGAAAUUGAAUGUUUUGGGGAGCAAAAAUACGUAUAAAAUGGUGCUGGAUGUUCUUAGACUGAAAAAAACAGUAAAUAUACCUUAGAAGAUUAGCCCAGGUUGUAACAAUAAAAAAUUGACGAAAUAAAAAAUAACAAAAUAAAAAUAGUUGAAAAGAGUAUUUUGGUACUUAUGAACUGUGAUAUUAAGCAUGUUAGAAAACGGAGUUUUUUACUGAAAUGAAUAGGAUCAUAAACUUUAAAGUUGUAAUGUUUUAAGUCUUACGAAUAUAUCUGACAUUAACGAAUGAAUGAGUGGAGCCUUUUGAGUUGUGACUUAACAUAUUAAUCAUCCUGCCCUGAUAUCCAAACAGAAGCAAUAAACUUGAGCUUGGCUUGACUAAAAAAAAUCAACACAAGGGCUGCCAACUGCUACACACAGUUGGCCACGACAGAUGAAUAUGUGUCUUUGUAAUAUCGUUGUAAAGAUGGAGAAUUGUUUUUAUAUUGUUCUAAAUCGUAAACGAAUUUUUCAUGGUGGUCUUGGGAGGUUGAAAACUUUAUGUCUACGUAUGAUAAUCAGUUGGAAUUAAGUGUGGCAUAGGAGUUAAGUUUUACGUAACGAAGUACGCUGCAGUUUGUCCCAAAUAUUUGAAAUCUUUCUGCUGUUUAUAUGUCGCACCAAGAUGUUUGAUGUUUACGUUUGGAGGGUAUUUCCAUGCCAUAAGAUCAUUCUAAAGGUAUAUGAGGUAAUUAUAAACACCUGAAAUCUGAAUCAGAUAUUGUCUUCAUUGAAAGUCCACAUAGCAAAUUAUUUCUGUAGGUAUGUGAUUUCAAACAUUAGGGAUAAACUGUCCAUUGCAACACUAGAAAUGAAGGGUAGCAUAUGCUUUUUAUUUGAAAAUCAUAAGUAUAUUGAUUUUCAAAACUUUUUAAAAAAAAUGACGGUGAAAAUAUGAAAAAGGAACUGUGAUAUUUUUGUAAAUGUAAAAAAUACUUUCAGUGUUUGUGUGUGCGUGUAUUUUAACAAAUAUAUAUAACAAAUUUAGCAUGCUCUCUUACCUAUUUAUGUUUCAUAAAAAAAGAAGAAAUGUGGAUUACAAAGUUAGAAUUUCAACUGCAAUUCCGCAAUUUCUGUUGCAACAUUUCAGUAGAACGUUUCUGGCAUUUUGUCACACUACAGUAUUUAACUUCAGUGGUAAGACGUAUGCAGUAAUUCGUCUCUUAACGCAAUCGAUUAUUUCCUUAAUCUGUUAGGGACUAAUGUUUCAGGUAUCAGUUCGUGAAUUCCCAAUACCUUUUGCGAUCUUCGUGUUCAAAGUACAUUUCCUCAACAAAAAAAAUUCAUCAUCGGAACCUGGUAACGUGAGGCUGCCAUUAUACGACAGCGUUAGCAAAAGAACAAGUUUUAACCCAGGAAUGUGUUUCUCAGAAUGUUAGAAGUACCGCGUUAGUGGAAGACGCAUUGAGUAAAAUUGAAAAUAGAACGACUUUGAGGACCCGAAAACUGAGUUUUCCGCGUAGUAACGAAAUAUUUGCAGGUUAUUUGUAAGAAAUCUUGAUUAAAUUAAAAUUUAGCCGUGUAAUAACGAAAGGCGUUAACGGAGGGAUAAUUGUAUUAUGUGAUAAUGGUUUAAAUCUUUCUGAUAAUGUAUGAGACAAGUUGAAGUAUAAUGUUUUAAGAUUUUGAAGCGUAAUUUUGUGGUCCAAUGUACAAACGGAAUAUUGAAUGUGUUUACCACUUGUCUAUGUUCUGUAAACAUGGUUUUGUGCAAGAUUAAUUUACUUUUUAAAUAUCCCGGUAACCGAAACAGCCACUAUGUUGUUUGGUGUGACCACCCUCUCAAGACGUUAUCAUUUUUUAAAUUUGUACAAACGAAACAUUUUAUCAUUCACCCCCUUGCCCGCAAAUUUGUUUUAUAAAUACAAAAAUCUUGACAGAUUUAAAACUCUGUAGCUGUUUUUCGAGGGCAUAGGGUAUGAAUGUGUGAGAAGCUUGUUUAUAAUUAGUUAUUAAUAUUAUAUAUUAUAUAUAGGCACUGCCACGAGAGCCGAAUGUGUUUUCUCUAACGGAAUAAUAACAAUUAUAAUUAUAAUGUAAAGACACAAAAAUCAUCCUCUUUCAUCACACCUGCAGUUUCAUUAUAGAUGGCGUCUGUGUCGAUUAAUGUCAUCUUUUUGUUUGUUUUGUGUCUUCCUGUUUGUGAUUCUCUCGUUACAUAAAGGGGUUCUAAAUGCGAAUCACAGGCAAGGAAGGGCUAUAAGACGUCUAUAGAUUUGAGGUAAUAGAAAAAUAAAAAAUAAAUAUUGAUGGUAAACUAUUCCUUGUAUUCAGUUAUGCAUAAAACAAGUUCAGUUUGUUUUUUUGUUUUUUGUUUGUUGUACAAGUUCACUAAGUAUCUUGCUUAUUAUUGAUAAUAAAGAACAGAUUCAUCGAA